AUGAGUCGUGGCGUCAGCAGCGGCGGCGGACAGAGUUCUCUGGGUUAUCUGUUCGGUAGCGACGAGGCACCAGCACCUGCCAAGUCUCCUGCUAAGCCUUCUCCCCCUGACGUCACCGCCCCUCCUCAGAACCCCGCUGCCCCUGCUCCAGUGGACAACUCCAGGCAGAUCCCUGCUGGAAUCCAAGGCAACAAUGUGAACAACUACCUCAGAGCAGAUGGCCAGAACAGUGGAAACUUCAUCACGGUUGGCUCUAAACCCUUGUGCCCUAAUUCUAUCAUUCUCUUGUGUUCAAGCCUUGUGGAAGCAUGGCCUAGGUUUUCCAGGGCUGCUCAUCAAGAUCAUACACCCAGGGAGAGCCAAGUCCAAUCUCUCAUCCGCCCAUCAUUACCACCAUCAUUAACAUAAACCAUCAGAGAUGUUUAUGUUAAUGAUUAACUAUUGUAGAUACUAGGAUCGGAGAAGUUGACCCUCUGUUGAUAUGGCAGUUCUUCUCAGGUUUCCACGAUUCAUAUAUAUAUUUUCAUUCUAGACAUCUGAUUAAUAUGUUAAUCAGGAAAUCUUAUUUCCUGGGAGGUGAGCUUAUUUCUUCCGUGGUUCUAAUCCUCAUCCCACGAUGCCGUGCAGGAGCGGCGGUCAACCAAGGUCCACGCUGCCCCAGGCGGCGGAUCCUCCCUGGAUUACCUGUUCGGGGGUGGAGGCAACUGA